AUGCAGCUGUCGAAGGCGCCUGAAGAGGUUCCAGGAAUGCGGGCGGGAACUCGGGGUCGCGUCAUCGUCCUCCGUGCCCUCCAUGCCCUCCGUGCCCUCCGCGCCCACCGUGCAGGCUGUGAGAACGGGUUCGUGCCAAGUUAUGCCUUCGGGAAACUUCUAAACGACCGUAUGCGGUAAGAACCGGAUCGCGACUUCCACACGAUCGGAGGGUGGCUUUCCACACGUUUUCGCUCGAAACAGUACGGGAUUCAUUUGGGAUCCAGGGCGGUGGCUCUCCGUAGCGAUGAUGUCGGUGGGAAACGAGGUGGAAACCAGGCGUCUUCUAACAUCUACAUCCAGUUUUCGGAAUUCGAACUGGAGCAGAAGAUGGACUGCGGGGUGAACUUCCUCGACGUGUUCGGCGCCAGGACGGACGAGAGGCAGAAGCUUCAGCACUUCUGCGGGAGCGUGGCGGAUCGAUUCAACUCCCCGGAGAACGUCGUUCACGUCCGGUUCUUCGCCCAGAAAGAGGGACUCAAUUCGCGGUUCAGCCUCAACUCCACCGCUUUCCGCAACAAGGGGGACACCGAGGUUCGUUGCGCGCAAGGAGAAUUCGAUUGCGAUGACGGGGUGUGCUUGCACGAAUCUCUCCAAUGCAACGGAUAUUCCAAUUGCAAGUUCAACUGGGAUGAGGAAGGUUGCGCGAAAAAGAACACGGGUCCGCCGAAGUUCGCGACGAGUCACAUCCUGGCGAUCAUGGUCAUCGGAUGCCUUCUCCUGGCGGGAAUGUGUAUUCUCAUGCUCUUCAACUGCUUCUACAAGCUGAGAAAGGACCGACGGGAAUACAGGGAACGUCGAUCGCUGGAGCGUUCCCUGCACGGAAGCGUGGUUUCCACGCCGAGCGGAUCUCGUCGGCUGGGAUUGCAAGGGACGAGCAUCUCCAAGACCAGACUGAGUCGCAUCCACUCGCUGUCGGAAGACGACGGAGUCUUCUGCAUCCCGGAUCCCCCGCCGAGACCGAACGGGGGGAUCCUGAUGAGCCCGAUCCCGAGCUCGGGAUCCAGGCUCACGCUGACGCGGGAAUCGGGGGUUCAGACCCCCGGCUCCUCGUCCACCUGCCCCAGCGACGAAGAGGGCUCCAGCCUCCCGCAAUUCUCAUGCGGGCUCAGCGAGUCCUCGGACGAGCGCCUCUUGAUCUUGGGCAGAGGGGAGCUGUACAUCCCCCCCACGCCCACUCCGCCGCCCCCGCCUCCACCAAUAGGAAACUUCGGCCGGCACGGUUCCUCCGCUCUCAAUAACCCGGGCAGUCGACGGGCUUCGACGACUCACAGCACCAGGACGCUCCCGGCCACCAUGCCACACUACAGGGCGGAGGCGGUGAUCGAAGUGUCGGAGAGACCUCGUCGAUCCCACAGUGGGAUGAGUUUCAGCUCUGCCCCCGACGUCAUCGUACUCCACUGACAAUCUUCAGUUCUCCAUCCGGGAACAAAUUUAUUUCGAGUUCCCUAGUAGGAACCGAUGUAUCGUUUGGUGAACGCCCUUCGGAUUUCCCCUUCCUGACUCGUUCUCUCAUUGCAGUGGCCUUUCUCAGGGCUCCCAGGCAGCUACGUCCUCCCGAGUUUUUAUGCCAUAUGCUUUUUAUGGUCUUGAAUAAAACAGGAACAAAACAGG